AUGACUGUUCUUUCCAAUCCCAACAACCCCGGUCAAGGGAAGAAAUCCAACAAUGAGACUGCCACCAAUAUCGAACCGGACGAGCUUCAACCAUCCCAUCUUGAACACUAUGGUCCACUAGCACACGUGAAUACUGUGGAGUCCCGACUGCCUGCCUUUGCAGGCGAAUUGCAGCCAGGUCUCUAUCGGACGCCCAAGCUUCGAAAGUUUGCAAAUCCAGCACCCCUAGGUCUCUCUGGCUUUGCCCUGACCACAUUUGUACUGGGGUGUAUCAACAUGGGCACACGGAAUAUUACAGAGCCUAAUAUGGUUGUUGGUGUUGCAUAUGCUUAUGGCGGGCUUGUUCAGCUUCUCGCUGGCAUGUGGGAAAUGGCUGCUGGAAACACAUUUGGCGCUACCGCUCUAUCUUCAUACGGAGGCUUUUGGAUCUCUCUAGGCAUCACUUUUACCCCUGGAUUCCAAAUCAUGUCAGAGCUUAAGAAGGCUGAUAACGGGUCAACCGACAUGUUCUAUGACUCGUAUGGGUUGUAUCUUAUGGGCUGGUUUGUGUUCACAUUUCUGCUCCUCACGUGCACUGUCAAAUCCACUGCGGUGUUCUUUUCCCUUUUCCUUUCUGUAGAUAUAGCGUUCUUGCUACUUGGGAUUGGACACCUCCAUCGCGAUUCUCAGGGAAUGCCUAAUCCGCAAAUCCUCACAGCUGGCGGUUUAUUUGCUCUCAUUGCUGCCUUUUUGGCGUGGUAUUCUGCCUUGGCAGGUAUCGCGGACGACAGCAACAGCUUUUUCAUCAUUCCUGUCUUUCACUUCCCGUGGUCUGAGAAAAGAAGGGCUUCCAGACAGGAAGCUUCUGCUGUUGUUUAG